UAUUUUGAAGUCUCAAGAAGCUAACCCAUUUCAAUGUUCACGGCCCAUGAGAAAGGCAUCUAAGAAGCCAUGGCACUCCCUUUUCAAAAAGAGCUGGAGAAAUACAAGAACAUUGAUGAAGAUGAGCUUCUUGGCAAACUCUCAGAGGAGGAACUGAAGCAGUUGGAAAAUGUUCUUGAUGACCUAGAUCCCGAGAGCGCACUGCUGCCAGCUGGAUUCCGGCAGAAAGAUCAGACACAGAAAGCAGCCACUGGCCCAUUUGACCGUGAGCACCUUCUCAUGUACCUAGAGAAAGAGGCAUUAGAACAAAAAGACAGGGAAGACUUUGUGCCCUUCACUGGGGAAAAAAAAGGGAGAGUCUUUAUCCCCAAAGAAAAGCCUGUAGAAACUCUCAAAGAAGAAAAAGUGACCCUUGACCCAGAAUUGGAAGAAGCUUUGGCUAGCGCCUCCGACACUGAGCUGUAUGAUCUUGCAGCUGUUCUUGGAGUACACAAUUUGCUCAACAAUCCAAAGUUCGAUGAAGAAACAGCCAGCACUAAAAGUGGCAAAGGGACUGUAAGAAAUGUGGUCAAAGGUGAAAAGGUCAAGCCAGUAUUUGAGGAGCCACCUAAUCCCACAAAUGUGGAACUAAGUCUGCAGCAGAUGAAAGCCAGUGAUCCCAACCUACAAGAAGUCAACCUCAACAACAUUAAGGCUUUUGCAGAUAUGCUGAAAGUAAACAAGACCUUGAAAAGUCUCAACAUAGAAUCCAAUUUUAUCACUGGAACUGGGAUCCUGGCCCUGGUAGAAGCACUGAGAGAAAAUGACACCCUGACAGAGAUCAAAAUCGACAACCAGAGACAGCAGUUGGGAACGGCCGUAGAAAUGGAAAUUGCGCAGAUGCUCGAGGAGAAUUCAAGGAUCCUCAAGUUUGGAUACCAGUUCACCAAGCAAGGGCCUCGAACGAGGGUGGCAGCUGCCAUCACGAAGAAUAAUGACCUGGUUCGUAAGAAGCGAGUUGAAGGAGACCGGAGGUAAACUCCACCAGAAGAGGUGAAGUUUCACCAGGGCAGCUGUUGCGUGGCCGUUUAGAAACAAACAAAAACUCUUCUCCUUCCCCAUCGGGACCAUUUUAUCAAAGGUUGUUCAUUUCCGUUAAUCACACAGCUAAUAAUUUAAUUGUUUUUCUUUUUUAGCACUUCUUAUUUAUCUUGGAUUUUUAAUAUAUAAAAUUGUUUUAUUUGAUCGUGGGCACCUCUGGCAUCUUGUACAAGUGGGCUCAUGCAGCGCUUAGUGAGCGACAGUGAUCGAAAAUGUUUUAACCAUUUUCACAUCAGGUUGUCUUGCUAUAUUACAUGAACUUUUUUUUUAAUCACUGAAAAGAAUUUAGUAUAUAAAAUAUGUUUUUAUCUGUAAUUAUGAUAGAAGCCUAUCUCUGUUUACAUGCAUAGCUUUGAGUUAGGCUAGAUGUAUCAG